CGGAGGACAAGAGUAUGACAUGACAUCCGAAAUAAGUUUAGGCAAAAAAAAGAACGAAAUUGAAAACAGACUUUAAAAAGGAGGAAAAGUGUGAAAAAAAUUCGUCAAAUUUCUGAGACUUUUUCAUGGUUUUGAUCUUUCAAUUAAGCAGAAAAGUGAUUCAAUGGAGCUCGGAAAAGUUUCCAGAUCAAUCGCCAUGUCCAGUACACCAUCUAUAUCUCAUAAGCUCAGAGAGAAACUGAUAUUUACCUUACACCGCCUUCAUCAAACAAAGAAAACUUAUUCACAGCUAAAAUCUGAAGUUGUUAAAGGCCUGGGAGAGGCAAAAGAUGUUUUCACAAAUAUUUCGAUUCCUCUGCUACGCCUGGUUGAUCUUAAGGUGGAGGAAAUGGAAAAGGAUGGCCGGAAAACAGUCGUGUUCACAAACAAUUUUGAAAUGCUCGGAGAAUUUGGUGUUGAGAGUGAAACAUUUCAAUCCGUUCUGAGCAGCACACAAAAGUUGCUUCAGCGCUCCGAGGGGGAAAGUUUCAAGGACAAAGCUGCUUACCACACGGACCAGAUCUUGUAUACAAUAAAAUGUCAAGUAAAACAGCUAAUGCUGUUGCUUAAGACGAUUGAAUCCUUAGUGAGGUCACAAGAACGAGAUCUGAUACAGAGAUUUGAGGAUCAUCAGGGUUUUGUAAAGCGAAUGCAGGAUAAAUUUGUGUCAGAGACCAUGCGCCUUCAUCAACAAGUACAGAACAUGAAGGAGAAUGCAUUUUCUAAUGCAGAUCAAGACAGUUUAAACCCUUCAAUUUUAGAACAAGGUUACAAGGCUCUUCUGUCCAUCGUCUUGAAACUACAGAAAGCUGUAUUUGACGGCUUUAGGAAAGGGCUAGGUGAGCUCAAAGAAGAAAUGGAAGGAAUGAUUGAUGAUCUUGCAAGUCACAUGUGCCAGCCUUUGCUUUCCUACAUGAAACGCCUGAGCUCCGAAGGCAUAAUGUCUCUCGUCCGUCAAUUACAGUCUCUUGUAGAACAGAUGGAAACAAACUUUGUUCAACAUUUGCCAGCCUUAAUGGCAGCAAAUAACCGACUUUUGCUGCAGGUAAGGAAUUCUGAAAUACUGUUGAAGGAACGGGAAAAUAAACUGCAGAAAAUGGGAAUGUCUCUCAAGAAUGCAUUGUUAAAGAGAGGUGAAGAAACGGAAGAAUUUCGCAAGCGCAUGAAAACUCAGUUUAAACGAAUUCAAGAUCUAGAAAAGGAUGUUAAAGAAAUGAAGGCUGAAAGACUUGAAGAUAAGCAGGCUUUGUGUGCAAAAGACAGACAAAUAAUGUUGCAAAGAGACGAAGCAUUGCAAAAGGCAGAGAAUUUCGAUCGUCAAUUGUCAAUGCUCAGGGAAGAAAAUCUCCUGCUAAAAAAGUCAUCUCAAAAUAAAAAUACGAUUUCUUCAGAGAUUUUCACCACUGAUAAGAGAGCAACGAAUUCCAUAAAUGAAAUGUGGCCAAACAGGGGCGCACAAAAAUUUUCAAAGCCGAAAACUGCCACAGACAUUCUGUGGCCAAAUGACAACAGAAUCAGUUCAAUUCUGCAGGCAAAAAAGGAUGGAUACACAUUACAUCACAGGGUGAGCCGCGAAAAGGAAGAAAAAUUUGGAGAUGAUUUUUUGUGGGAUAUUUUGGAGAAGAGACAGAAAGCAGGAAUCGGGUGUUUGAAUUCCCUUAACAGUAACUCAAGAAGAGCAGAAAAUGGUACAAGUGCCAAGACCAGUCUUCCCACCCAACUCGCUGACUAUUCAUUUCAACAUUCAUCACUAAAUUUGGAUGAAGGUGGAGCUUUUAUGAGAGGGAACAGUCCUAAAGUUCCCUUUCACAGGGAACAAGGGCCUAUUACUAGGAAUUUUGCACGUCGCAUGCUCGAAACUCCUCCCUCCCAAAAACCUUCGCCAUCAAGAAAUUUGCCCUAUAACCUGAGAAGCAAUCAUGGUGUACUGGGCAAGCGCGACUCUCCUAAUAGCCUGCCUCUAUUUUCGCCAUGGCGCAAGUAAUGGGUAUGCUGUGUCCAGCCUUCUGGCACAAGCAAUUUAGGUUUUUCUUACGCUAUGUUCAAUAGCUUUAUCUAGUCCCUUUGUAAAAGGAUGACCAAUCAAAUUAUUAGUGUUUUCCUCCAGUGCAUAGUAAAUUAUAUGAACAUUGUAAAGAUUGGAAAGAUCAGCUCUGAAAACACACAUGAAACAAUGUUGUCCAUAGGGAACUAGAUGAAAUCAACCUAUUCAGAAAGCCCUGGUCUUUGAUAGAAAGGUCUAUUCAGAACAGGGCAGUUAUGUGCUUUCUUUUCUUGCAGAAUACAAAACAAAUCAGACAAGCUAUUUUGAUCUGAAAUAACC